CGCACAGAGAGAGAGAGUGCACCUUACAGCCGACACAGCGGGGCUUCAGUGAAUGCAGAAAUGGCUUCUGCAUGCUGCUGAAUAUGACAGCGCGCGCGGGGUAUGGGCCGUAGGGCGUGUGCGGUGAUAAAGGUGACAUUCCCAUGGCCAGAACCGGCGCGCGCGGGCUGCUCCGUCACAGCAACAGCAAGCUGGACUCUUUCCUCAAGAGGAACACCAGUCGGGAUGUGUACGAGCGGAUCCGGGUCUACGAGCCGUGCGUGGUGGUCUCGGGCUCGGUCAAGAAGGUGUUCAUGCACGUGAUCCUGAGCGACGAGCGCGUGUAUCUGAGCGAGUAUCAGCCGCGCGCGCUGCGAGAGGCGCUCAGCUUCAGACACGUCAAGAGCAUCGAGCUGAUCAACGAUUUGCCAGAUUUCCUCAGCGGACAGGAUCGGGAGCGCUCCAUGCAUAUCCGUGUUGUUCAUACCACAAAGGAUCCUGGGAAAAAGAGCUCCAGACCCAAAGGAUCCCUUCAGAAUGAGCCAUCAUUUCCAUUGCGAGGACGCAACUCGAGUGCCCGUCAUUCUCUGGAGGGCGUGAGUCCUCGUGAGUCCUCCAGCUGGAGAAGCUCUCCCACAUCAAUGAGCGAUGGUGGCCCGGAGGAAGAAGGCGGCAGCGUCGUUCCGAAGAGACGUUCAGCUUCCUGUCCGAACCCGGACGUGUUGGCUCUGUCUGUGUUUGACACGUCUCCCGCUCACUCGUCCAGCUCCAGUCCCAGCGCUUCAGUCUCCACAGCUCUGACGAGGAGAACGACAGCUGAGGAGAAAGAGGAAGAGUUACACCUUUACUCCGUCUCUCCAAUGUCACGAAUAUACCUUCACCUGCAGAGCUCCUGGAGCAGCUACAUCAUACGCUCAACAUUGCUGCUGGACCCAGCAUACAGGAAGAGAUGCGGCAUCUCCUCCUCCUCUCCUCAGAAACAGCAAUAUCAGAAAACCAGCUGGGAAAGAACGUGCGAGCUGUUCAGUCAGUUAAGCGGAGAGCUGCUGCAGGACAACAUCAGCCUAGAGAGUCUGUAUUUACUCCUUCAGGAGCUGCACACAGCCACGAACCGAAACCCCGCCAUCAAAAAACUCUUCUGGAGGUCACCGGACCUUUAUCCUUUCCUGGUGAAAACGCUGUCUGAAAGCUCUCAGGACGGCCAGGAGGGAGUUCACACAGCCGACAGACUACUGCUGAGCACUCUGGUGGUCCAGAUAUUAAGCCUGAUGUUCAGGGAAACCGAGGUGGAAGUGGCGAGGCUCAGCAUGCUGACGGCCAAACAGGGAGCUCUUACAGAAAACAUGCUGCUGGCUUUAGUGUGCGAUCCGGACCUCCACCACUCUAACGGCUCCAAAUCUUCACUUAAUAAGCUGCAGCGUCUGAAAGCAGAUUAUCUGGAUGCGGCGUCUGUGCUGCUGUUUGAGGUGGUUGUGUUCUGUCAGGAGGCUAGUAGCACACCUGCUCUGGGACGUUUCCUCACCAUAGGCUGGGUGUUUCGCUUGCUGAAACCGCAUCCAUUCUUAUUCCCGUUCGUGGGCUAUCAGGCUCAGCAGCUGGUUCUGGUUCUGUCGGGCCCUCGGGAUCGUCUCGGCCCAUCUCAGGCGGUUCUCCUGUUCCAGCGCUGCCGGGUUCUGUUAGCCUGUCUGCAGCACAGCACCUGUCUCAGCAAGUACAUCAGGACGGCUUUCAAAGAGGAGUUCAGGUACUACGUGAAGACGUCCGGGCUGGAGGACAAACUGCCCCAUCACUACCCCAUCAGUCAGCCUGCCCAGCACCUUCUUUCCCAGCUCCUCAGUCUCGUUCUCCAGAAACCCUGAGCUCUUUCUGUUCCUCUGCGGUUCAUUUAUUUUUUUAUUUCUCUAGAUAGACGUGGGAAUAUGCCUUUGAGUGAACAUACUGCACUUUAAGAUCGAGGUCAAGUCUUAUAUUGUGUCUUACUGUGUGUUUUGAAUAGAGACUGUGGGAUUUUACUCUGCCUUUGUAUACACUCAGGAUUAUUAUCGCUAAUAAAAAUUUUAUGGAAAGUCAAUGCAGAGAACAUGAACAUCACAGGACAUUUAAUAUAUUCGAAUAAAGAACAUAAUAUGCAUUUUCAAUGAACACAUUCAAGUUUGGCAAGGCGCUCUAAUAUAUCACAGUAUUAUAACAUGAGUGUGAAUAUUUUUCAUAUUUAUUAUGCUGUACUGUAUCUAAAGCCACUGGUGCUGAUGCACUUGUUUAUUUUGGUUGGUUUUUGUUUGAAUGCACUUUUUCUCUGUAACACUGUAGUGAUUUUCAGGAACUCUGUACCUCAAAGCCUCAAAUUAAAAGUAUCGAUAUUUUAGAUAGA